AUGGGCUUGCCCCGCCCCCGGCCCACGCCCACCUCUGGUCCGUGCCCCACAGUUUGGAUCGAGUUUGGUUUGAUUGACUGGGAGGCAUGUGCGCCCAGCCCUUCACCCGAAGAGGCAGCUGCUGAGCUCCAGUGUGACUGCGGGCUGCCCUCGCCUCCGCUCCAGUCUCCACCAGCGCAGCGGGACAGGGGCAGACGCUAUGCUCACAACAAAGACGCUGACAGCAGAGAAACAGCGCAACAACAAAGCGAGCCAGAGCUCUCCCUGCGCCCGGCUCCUUCUAUCACAUCACGGCUCGAACAACUUGAGGACAGUCCAGGAGCAAGUCCCGACAUUUCUGGGAUGAAGUAA